AUGGUUGCCACCACCAUGGUACAAGGCCAAGGCACUCGUGUUGGGUUUUAUGCAAGGACCUGUCGUAGGGCUGAAUCCAUUGUUAGGGAAACAGUGCAGUCUCAUUUUACGUCAGAUCCCUCUGUUGCACCUGGGCUUCUGAGGAUGCAUUUCCACGAUUGCUUUGUGAAUGGUUGUGAUGCUUCCGUCCUCAUUGAUGGCCCUAACACUGAAAAAACAGCAGGACCAAACCUUUUGUUGAGAGGAUUUGAUGUCAUUGCUGAUGCCAAGACUCGGCUUGAAGCGGAGUGCCCUGGUGUUGUCUCAUGUGCAGACAUUCUUGCCCUUGCAGCUCGUGAUUCUGUAGUUUUGGCAAAUGGACUCACCUGGUCGGUGCCCACAGGACGCAGAGAUGGUAGGGUUUCAUUGGCUUCUGAUGCGUCCAAUUUGCCGGGUUUUACCGACUCCAUUGACGUGCAAAAACAGAAGUUUGCAGCAUUUGGUCUCAACACUCAAGAUCUUGUUACCCUUGUUGGAGGACACACCAUAGGAACUACUGCUUGCCAAUUCUUCAGGUACAGACUGUACAACUUCACAACAACUGGAAAUGGUGCUGACUCAUCCAUCGACGCUUCAUUUGUCUCUCAACUACAGACACUUUGUCCACAAAAUGGCGAUGGGUCAAGGCGUAUUGCCCUAGACACUGGUAGCCAAAAUCGUUUUGAUUCAUCUUUCUUUGCAAACUUGAGAAGUGGUCGAGGAAUACUUGAGUCUGAUCAAAAGUUAUGGACCGAUACUACUACAAGAACCUUCGUCCAACGCUUCCUUGGUGUCAGAGGCUUGGCUGGGCUUACUUUUAGUGUGGAGUUUGGCAGGUCCAUGGUCAAGAUGAGCAAUAUCGGUGUGAAAACCGGAACUAAUGGUGAAAUUCGAAGAGUAUGUUCUGCUAUAAAUUGA